AUGACGUUAACAAUAUCGGGUAGUAAUAUUGGUGGACUUCUUUUUGGUGUUCAGGAUGCCAACAAGAACUUUGUUGGUGGAUUGAAAGCUCCUACUACUGGUUCUUUCAAAGUGUGCGGUGCUCUAGGUGCUGGUAGCGGAAUGUCCAUUACUCAUGGCUUAUUGAACACUCUCACCACCCUUGAUAUUUCAUUCACUCCUCCUGCGGGUACUAUCGGCCCACUAACUGUUAGUGCACUGGUCUCCACUGGAACUGUUCACACUCCUUAUGGAACGGCCAGUUUGACGCUUUCAUCAAGCAGUGGUGCAGCAGGAGGUAGUAGUACUACUGCUACUGGUGCUGGUAAAACUAUUCAAUCUCCUGCACCGUCUCCUCAGUCAUCAGCCCCUGUUGCUACACAAGUACAUCCAUCAGUCGCACCUGCACCUCAAUCAUCAGCUCUUCCUGCAGGAUAUGCAAUUCCACCUUCAGCUGCACCGUUCCCAUUUCAAUCGACUGUGGCGGAUAAAACUGGCUGUGUGCCUUGUCAGAAUGGAAUCCCUAUUAAAAAGAGGCACGUUAAUGAGGACCAGCAUACAGGUUAUGCAGGUGAUUCCGAACUUUGA